AUGCCAAAGCACAACAGUGCAAAUGAGUCCUACGGAGAGGGAAACCCAAAUUUGCUUGAUGUGAACUUCAGCAGAAGCAACAUAAAUGUGGAACUGGAGAGAGUUCAGCGCAAGUUGCGUAUGGUUGGACGAAGCUGCAGACACAUUUUACAAAAAUAUGAUGUUUAUGAAGAUGGCCUGUACUUUCUCACCACGGCCACUGGACGUGUGUACCAGGCCUACUGUGACAUGACCACAGCAGGCGGUGGAUGGACUCUGGUAGCCAGUGUCCAUGAAAACAACAUGCAUGGAAAGUGCACUGUAGGGGACCGGUGGUCGAGUGAGCAGGGAAGCAAUGCCAACCGCCCUGAUGGAGAGGGGACCUGGGCCAACAUGAGAACCUUUGAAACUCCAGAGGCUGCCACUAGUGAUGACUACAAGAAUCCUGGCUACUAUGACAUCACGGCUGAGGAUGUGUCCGUUUGGCAUGUUUCCAACAACAUUCCACUGCAGCACUGGACCAUCGGUUCCAUCCUGAGAUACCACACAGAGACCAGCUUUCUUACACUCCAUGGAGGAAACCUAUACCACCUUUUCAAGCGCUACCCAGUGAGGUACAACAUUGGAGCGUGUCGCACGAACAAUGGACCGUCUAGUCCUGUAGUGUACGAUUAUGGCAAUGCUGCCAGCACAAGGAACUUGUAUAGCCCAAACUCUCGAAAUGAAUUCAUUCCUGGCUUUGUCACAUUCAGAGUGUUCAACUAUGAGAGGGCAGCAAUGGCCAUGUGCUCUGGAGUGAAACCAACUGGCUGCAAUACUGAACAUUUCUGCAUUGGUGGAGGAGGACACUUCCCUUACGCUGCUCCUCGCCAGUGUGGUGACUUCCCAUCCUUUGACUGGGAUGGUUAUGGAACACAUACUGGAUGGAGUGCUUCCAGAGAGAUCACGGAGGCUGCAGUGCUCAUCUUCUACCGCUGAGCUAAUAAGGCUCUUAAUCUCUUCAGACACAGCCCCUGUUCUAAAUUAACUGUUACCAGAAUGGCAAUGACCAAGUCAUACUGUUUUAAUGUUUUAAUGUCAUAAUGUGCAUUGUCAUAGUGGUGUAGUACUAUGGCAGUAAAGUUUUUUCAAUGACUAUUACAAAGCUCCAGUAGUGGAACGCUGUGUAUUAAGGGGCUACUAGUGUGACAGUAGCUGCUGACAAUGGGAUGUCACAUGUCCGCAGCACUGAUCUACUUGCCUCUUUCGCUAAUGUUGCUUGCCCUUCUUGUAUCCUUCUGUGCUUCUGUCUAUACUCCACUCUUGACAUGAGUGUGCCCCUAUUACAGUAAUGCUACACUGUGGUCAUGUUUCUCUUGUGUGUACUAUUGCUGCGCUUUUGUGAUCGCUUAAUUUUAAAAUAAGCAAUCUUUGUUGUUCUGUGAGUAAAA